UGGCCGCGCGGCUUGGCUCUCGGUUCCGCCAUGGCUGUCGCACCCGGUGCGGCUCACCUGCAGCGUUGUGUGGUGUCGCCGGCCGGGAGACACACUGCUUCGCUGAUUUUCCUGCACGGCUCAGGUCAUUCUGGCCAAGGACAGAGAGAAUGGAUCAGCAAUGUGCUAAACCAGGACUUAACAUUCCAGCACAUAAAGAUUAUUUACCCAACGGCCCCCUCCAGGCCAUAUACUCCUAUGAAGGGAGGGCUCUCCAAUGUGUGGUUUGACAGAUUUAAAAUAUCUAAUGACAGCCCGGAACACCUUGAGUCAAUUGAUAGAAUGUGUCAAGUGCUCACUGAAUUGAUUGAAGAUGAAGUAAAAAAUGGCAUCCAGAAGAGCAGGAUAUUAGUAGGGGGAUUUUCUAUGGGAGGCUGCAUGGCGAUACAUCUUGCAUAUAGAAAUCACCGAGAUGUGGCAGGAGUAUUUGCUCUUUCUAGUUUUCUGAAUAAAGAGUCUGCUGUUUACAAGGAUCUCCAGCACAGUGACGGCACGCUCCCUGAGCUUUUUCAGUGUCACGGCAUUGCAGACGAGCUGGUUCUUCACUCUUGGGGCCAGGAGACAAACUCAAACCUGAAGUCUCUAGGAGUGAGCACAGUGUUUCACAGUUUCCCAAAUCUCUACCAUGAGCUGAACAGAACUGAGCUCGAGAGGCUGAAGUCGUGGAUUCUUACAAAGCUCCCAGGAGAGAUCAACAGCCAGAAUAAAUGAAUCCUCACCAGCAUAUUGAUUAUUAGCUUACAUUUAAGAAAUUUUUUCCUUAUUUGAUCCUCACAAAAAUUAUCAUAGUGACACAGCCAACACUCCCAUAAUACAUGAAUGGAGUUUAUAAUAAUCUGUUUUCAUUCAAAAAAAUUGUCUUGAGAAUCAUCAUGUUGUAAAUGCCACCUGUUUACUUUGUGGCUGCAUAGAUGUCAUUUUAUGAACACACUGCAAUUUGCUGGUCCAUUCACCACAGGUUUGGGUUACUUCCUGUGUGGGGCUGUCAUAAAUAGGGCUAUUGUGAGGUGUAAGCAUCCACCCUUACAAGAGA